AAACGAGAUAUUCUUGUUUUUCAGUUAAGAAUAAUUUUUCGUUGCGUGUUAAGGUGUAUUUUGCUACCUGUCGAAACUAUUACAAAGAAUUGUUUCAUGAAUUUUUGUUUUUUAUUUACUGUGUUGAUCUAUUGAAAAGAGUAAAACCGUGAAAGAAGUUUGUGUCAAUUUUAUAAUCAACAGAGUUUACAUUCGCAGAUCAACCAUGAAAAACUCUAGAAUUAGGCAAACAAUUGAGAAAAAUCUAUUACUUCUGACAACAUUGGCUGGUGUUAUCAUUGGAAUAAUUUUGGGAAUUGGAUUACGAUCGAGUGGCCUAUCCGACAGUCAGAAAUUGCUGAUAUCAUUUCCCGGUGAAUUAUUUUUGCGAAUGUUAAAAUUGCUCACACUGCCGCUACUGAUAUCAAGUUUAGUAACCGUGACAGCUAGCCUUAAUAGUCAACUGGGUGGCAAGAUCAUGUUAAGAACGUUGAUUUUAUUCGCAUUGACAUCGUUUCUAACGGCCAGCAUGGGCAUUUCAUUAACAUUUUUAUUUCGAUCUGAGAAUAAUCAUUCGACGACGAAUACGGCAGUCAACGCAACCGAUGCCAAAGAAUCCAAAAUUUUGGAUAGUUUUCUCGAUUUGGGAAGAAAUUUCUUCCCAGAAAAUUUGUUCCAAGCCACAUUCCAGCAAGUACAGACCGUCUACAGAGAACAUAAAGACGAGAAUGGCACAAAUUCGAAAUUAGUUAGAGAACUGAUUUAUCGAAACAGUCCGAACACGCUGGGACUGGUAAUAUUCUGCUUAAUAUUCGGCACAAUUGCCAAUUCGAUUGGCGAAAAGGGCGAUGUGAUUCGAGUGUUCUUUUCGGCUGUAUUCGAUAUAUUGCUGAAAAUAACCACAAAAGUGAUGUGGUUGAGUGGAAUUGGCGUUUGCAGCAUCAUUGCUGAUAAGCUUCUGAGUGUGGAUAAUUUACCAGAAGUCUUAUCACAGCUUGCUCUGUUUGCAUUUUGUGUGAUUUUUGGCGUUUUUAUCCAUCAAUUGAUUAUCAUGCCGGCCAUAUACUAUUGUUUCCUUCGAAAGAAUCCGUACACAUUCUUCUGGAGUUUGAUAGAAGCAUGGGUAACUGCAUUUGCUGUUGCGUCAGCAGUCGUCACAUUACCCACUACGAUGCGAUGCAUGAUCGACAAAAUGAAGCACGAUGAGCGAAUAGUUAAAUUCGUGCUGUCGUUAGGAAUAUAUUUGAAUACCAACGGAACAGCAAUGUUUAUGUCGAUAGCGUCAGUGUUCGUAGCACAUUUAAAUGGCAUAACGCUGGGCUUUGAUUCAUUGUUCAUUGUUCUCAUCACAUCGACUGCUUUGUCAAUGGCGAUGCCAUCCAUUCCGAGCGCUUCAUUGGUGAUGUUACUGAUCAUAUUGGAUUCAAUUAAUAUUGAUCCCAGCAAUGUGUCACUGUUGUUUGGCAUUGAUUGGAUUCUGGAUCGUUUCCGUACAACCAGCAACGUAUUAGAUGAUUGCCUUGCGGCUGCUGUUAUAGAAAAGCUCAGUGAAAAAGAGCUCAAAAGUUUGGAUGCGCACAAAACACAAUCCGAAGGAUCUCGUUCACAUGCAACACAAUCAGACUCAUCAGUUUAAGAUAAAAGAACAAUUAUUUAGUUUCCCAUGCGAAAGUUGACCAUUACAUAGCAAUUGGCCCACCAGCGAAAAUGAUCCAUUACAUCUGGACUAUUUUCGCCUUAUUUUUUUCACUUUCUUACGUGAUGUCAAAUUUCGCAUGCGUAAUUCGCAUUCGGCUCGGAUAACUUCUACUCUAGUCGAAAAGACAGUUACCGAAGCUUGUUGCUCAAAGACACUCUUGUGAGUUAGCUUUUAUCACACAAUUUUUACCUCAUGCAAUGAAUUACUUUCGCACCAUCCAAUGUAACCUACUGUUCCUGUUUUGAUUAUUUUUGAGGAGACAUUGUUAACAAAUUUUUUGUUUUAUCGCAGCAUAUUCGUACACGGAAUAAAUAAUAUCGGUGUGCCGAUCUACCAACAGCUGGUGUCCAUU